AUGUUUUUUGGUCAGUGGAGGAAACACUGGUUUGUUCUGAAUGAUGCUUCGCUGAGGUACUACAGAGACUCAGAGGCUGAGGAGUUAGAUGAUCCGGACGGAGUGAUCGACUUGACAUCCUGUGUGAAUGUGUCAGACUGUGAUGUGGAGAAGAACUAUGGACUGCAGAUACAAACAAAGAGGGCAGUGUUCACUCUUUCUGCUAUGACCUCCAGAAUACGGCGGAACUGGGUGAAGUUACUAAAGCAGGCGAUCCAGAACAACACGCACCAAUCAGACACUGGCAGCCAGAAAGAGAACCCCCUCUCCCAGAGACCGUCGUCAUGCCAACCCCCUACUCGGUUCACCUGUAAGGACUCUGGCUUUCAACUUCUGGGUUCCUCUACAGCAGCUGCAAACUCCCAUCAGGCUGACCACCAGCCCCACUCUGCAGACGGGGAUCUGGAAGCAGCCGUGUUUCCAGCCACUCAGAGGGAAGAAGGGGAGGGCUGGGACCGUGAGCAAGCCAAGCGAUUGGAGGAGAGGAACAAGUGGUUUGAGGAGGGGAUCUCCUUCAGUGAGAUUGGCAGCAGGUGGGACUGCAUGGAGCUGAAAAAGGGGAGUAUACCUGUGCCUGUAAUUGAAACUAUGGACUCAGAGGUCAACAGGAAGUGGAUAGAAAUUGAGAAGCUGUCGUUUAGGGACAUGAGCGCGCAGUCUCUCAUUGGAGCCCAGGCUCAGUCAAGCACCCCACAGGCACCCCAGUCUCCUGUUAGCCUCCAGACUUAUCAGUCCAGCCCCGGAGAAGCUGAACAGUCUGUCACUGGGUCACAAACUGAUACAUCAUGCUCAAAUGAGGUUCUUCCAUCUUUAAAUGGUGCCCAAACCAUUCAAACAAAUAGAACCCUUCAAAAGGAGGCCCUCUCUCUUCGAAAACAAGUGGAGAGCAUUAAGAGGGAGCGUGCAGCCAUGGGGAUAGAGGUGGACAGCCCAUGCAGCCCCGGGGCACCCUGUAGGGCCAGGCUGGAAGCCAUGGAGGUAGCCCAUCAGAAAGAAAUGCAGGAGCUGCAGGAGAAGCAUGCACGGGAGAUCAGGGCGCUGGAGGGAAAGAGAGACAAGAUGCUGCAGGAGGAGAGUCAAGCAGCUGCUAAAGCUAUGGAGGCGCUGAGAGCAGCUCACAGGGAGGAGCUGGAGAAAGAGGUGGAAAAGGCCAGGAAGUUGACUGAGGGAGCUGCACACGUGGAUCCUUCAUACAGAGGGCACAUGCCGCAGGCGGACAUCUUGCACACUGAGUUAGAUGAUCUGUCAGAACGUUACUCUCAGAAGUGCCUGGAGCUGAGCCGUACCGAGCAGAGCAGCAAGAGCAGAGAGACUGAGCUCGGAUGUAAAGAAAGGGAGUUGGAGCAGCUCAGGAGAGAGAACAAGGAGCUUAAAGCCAAGCUGGCGGAAGAGUUUAGUCGCAUGCGUUAUUUCAUCACAGGGCAGAGGUCAGACACGGUAUCUCCUGGUAGCAACACGCGCACUGCAUUGGAAGUAGAGACGCUAUUAAGAGCAAAAGAAAAUGAGGUGCAAUAUCUUAAGAAAGAAAUUAGCUGUCUACAGAGUGAAGUCCAGUCUCUUACUAAGGAGAAAGAGGUAGCUUAUGAGCGCUUUAAGGAGGCCUAUGUAGAGCUGAGUGACACGAAGGGUCGUAGCCAGUUGGAGAAGGAAUCUCUCGGCAAACACUUGAAACUGGCGAACGCUGCACUACAGGAAGGAGCGAGAGAAACCUGAUCAAUGAGGACAACU